AUGUUCGACAUAGUGCAGUCGAUGUUACGGAUAUCCUAUUACUACUCGCGAUUUCUUGGUGUCCUCAAUUUUGAAAUUGACUCUAAAACUGGUUACGCUCGAAUCACGACACAAUCUACGAUCUAUGCAGCAGUUGUCAAUGUGGUACUCGUUUGCCUGAUUCCUUCACUAACGCAAAGUGAACUUCUGCAUAUAUUGUGGAAGAAUGCUGGACAGCUUCAUGAGUAUCUCAUCCUGGUCGUGAUGGGCAUGCGACAAGAACUGCGCUCAGUACUUUCUCAAACUCGUGAUUUGGAAGAAGAGCGAAGAAAAGCUACUUUCAUGAUCAAAUGUUGCACUUUAGCUGAUCAACUGGAGGCCAUAGCUAGGAGACAAUCUGAACUGCAGAAACUGGUCGAUCUUAUGACUAUCAUCUUUGGGAUUCAAGGCAUUUGUAUAGCCAGCAGCUCAUAUAUAUCAUGUAUUGGAAGCAUCUACUUUACAUUCUCUGCUAUAAAAAGAUCCGCAGGAAUGACUUGCGGGCUUAAUGUCUACAUGCUAAGCGGUAUUGUAAUUGGAGUUUAUUUGUUGGAUCUUGGAAUCACCAUCGAUAAUACAUUCACGGUUUUAGAUGACCACGAUGAAUUAGAGCAGUUACUAGAAGAAUACUCGUCGUUUGGCAUUGGAUUGGAUAAGAGACUCGAGACGGUCUUUGAAAGCUUUCAACUUCAACUAGCACGCCAUCGCUUGGAGAUUCCUAUCCUUGGACUUUACAAUAUGGAUAAGACGAUGGGAAUUUCAAUGACCAAUUCAAUUAUAUUGAAUUCCAUAGUUCUCAUACAGUAUGAAUUGAAAUAUUCGUAG